AUGGAGUCCACCGUUGGCCUAAACUACAGAAUCCCAGUCCCGAAGAACAGGUGGAACCGGGAACAGAGGAUUUUCCUCUGUUGCCUCCACGAAUUUUUCAAGAAAGACCAAGUGGCAUUCAAAGAUAUAUUUAACCAUGCUUUUAGGUCCGAUGUAAGGGAGUGUGGUCUAGUCAAGGGAAUCUCCUGGAGCGCGCUGAGUUCUCAAUGGGCGGAAAUGGUGAGAUAUUCAUACACGGAGUGGAAGGAGGUUCAUCAAGCUUCAUUCGACGGAUCUAGGCGUUGGCGCCCUGUACUCUCACAAAUAAGGAACACUGCAAGGUAUCUUGGGAUACACAUAGUUCCAAAGUAUACCGAUGAGAAUGAUACGCCUAGCUCUCGGCAGACUCCAUCGGCUAUUGAGCCAUCAGAGCGUUCUAGCUCUACCCAAGACCAAGACAUCAGCCUAUGCAAUGGUGGUGGUAAAGUAUGCUUCUGGUGCGCGCAGGAAGAGACUGCCAAUUCGAAUGAUGAGAUGCCCCGAUUUCUAUACCGGUGGUCAAAUAUCGAUAGCCAAGGUGUCAAUUCAAAGAAAUUGUUUCUUGCUGGUCUGUUUGCAGAUGGCCGCGAACAAUUCUCCCCCAAGGAUAUUUCAAAGGAGCAAUUUUCAGAAUACUUUCUAAGACAUGCUCACAUCGAGAAAACGCCAUCUCCCUUUAUAUCAACCUUUAUCUCGAUGUUAUCUCCGGUACAUAGAGCACUUCGGAACAAGGAGGGCGCUAUCAUCUCGAUCAUUGAUACUACAAAGCUUGAUACCGCGUUGUACUCCGCGAAAGAUAUCUUCCGAAAGCAUAACCUGCGCAUCCGAGGCUAUGAUGGCAGGGGUGAGUACUUGAUCAGUACGGUACAAGAACUCGCACAUGAGUUUACUGAGAUUGGAAAAUUUCUUCAGCUUAAAAAGAUAGCAGCACACAAGUUUAACAGGAGAAAGCUGCAUGGUGAUUUAGCUAGAGGAGCUGGAAAUCUUGACCGCGCCUCGGGUUUUGCGAUAGGAAAGUUUCUCUUAUCAAUUGGGCUUCCCUUUGAGUAUAGGAAAGAUAGAACAGGGACAUGGGAGUCUUUUCAUGAGGGGGUGGAUGCUGGCUAUGGCCGAUCUCCUAGACCAUCCCCUGCCAGUGUUCAUGAUGCCGAAGGUCCAGAGCCAGUCGAUUAUGACAUUUCUGACGAUGAUUCAGUCACUGAAUGUGGCUCAAUAUCUGAUGACACAUCUGAUAGUGAAUCCGAGGAUAUUGCUGCCAACACCCCUGGUGAUCACGUUUCAGAACGAACCCCCUAUUCGACUCCUCCCUGGUCCCUCCAACCAAGCAUUAAACCGGAUCGUGAGCGGAUAUCCGGAGAGCCGGAAUACGAUAUGUUAUCCGAGUCUGAUUAUGAACAACCAGCCGAGCCAAUGGUCGACUGGCCUGAAGAGGACGCACAAGAGCUAUUUCCCCGCAAUACACUCGCCGCCGGCCCGGUCAUCGAGAUAUUCGAACCGAACACUGGUAGAUGGGUGCACGGGCAAUCGGAGUCGGCAAAGAAAUUGGACACAGCAUACGAGGAGCAACCUAUGCAACCGUCCUCCUCUCAUAUUACCAGGGAACUUCGUGCCAUGUCUGUGAUUGACAGCGACAUGAUGUUCGACAUUGAGACUCGGCACUCCACUAUGAGCAUGUCUCGUGAGCUGUCGGAAGAACUCAUGCCGCAGCAUCAAUUUGCGAGAGACCGAGAACGCCGAAGACUCUGGCUGCUCUAG